AUGGCGUCUGACGGCCGGACAGUGAUGCCAAGAAUCACCAAGAGCAUCUCCAUUGCUACACAGCAGCCAAAGACGGCUCGCCGGCUCGACACCUCUCGCUCUCUGCCAGCUCACUACGACACUGGACUUUCCAACUUACCUUCCCCUGCGUCCCGCAAGGGAGAGAACGUCUGGCGCAGUGUGUUUCACCCCGGAAGCAACAAGGCUGGGAUGGACCGCGUUGGUGCUACCAGAUUUGACAAGGCUAGCUCGUCGGAGCCGUCCGUGUUCGACUGGCUGUACAAUCCCAAGUCGAAGUCGCAGUACCGUUAG